CCCCCCAUUCCUUCUGCUCUCUCUCCCCCCGCCGCCUAUCCCCCUCCACCCCCAGCCUCCAGCCCCCAGCGCCUCGACCUGGAGAUGAAGCUCCAGGCCGUGAUGGAGAACCUGCACAGGCAGCAGAGAGCCAAGUUGCUGAUGGAGUUGGAGCAGCAGAAGCAGCAGCAGGCUGCUCAGAACCAAGGACAGCUUGACCGCGGUGGCGGAGGGACCGCCGCCGGCACAGACGAGGAGCACAUGGGCAGCCCGGCUGCCGAAUCGGAGCACGCCCAGAUGGCGGCGCUGGCGGCCAUGCGUGCAGCAGCAGCCGGGCUGCAGAGACAGGCGGACAGUCCCAUGUCGGAGCGCAGCAGCGUCGGUGACGAAGAGGAUGAGGAUGAUGACGAAGAAGUGGAGGAGCCCUACAAGGACAUGAUGGGUUCAGAGGAAGAAGAGCAGCUAAAGCAGAAGUGGGACGAGGACGACUUUGAGGGGGAAAUGGAAGAGGACUAUGAUGACGACCUCGCCGACGAAGGCCUGCCCACAGGCCGUGAGGCCAUCACCCCUGGCAAGGGCAUCCUGCUCCUGCCGCACCGCCAGAUGCACCCCCACUCCCAGCUGCUGAAGCCGCGGGCGGCCCCAGAGCAAGAACCCCGUGGGGCCGCUCUACCCGUGCACGCCUCACAGGGCGUGCUGGUCCCCCAGGACCAUGCCGACUGGACGUAUGAGGAGCAGUUUCGUCAGCUGUAUGAAUUGGACGGAGACCCCAAACGCAAGGAGUUUUUGGAUGACCUGUUUAGCUUCAUGCAGAAGCGAGGAACACCAGUCAACCGUAUCCCCAAUUGUCCUUGUUGCCAUAGAUACAUGAAGUACCUUUACCCUUAUGAAUGUGAUAAGCGGGGGCUGAGCAAUCCCAACGAGCUCCAGGCAGCCAUCGACAGCAACCGGCGAGAGGGCCGGCGGCAGAGCUUCGGCAGCUCUCUCUUCACCUACUCGCCCAACGGCACGCCCACCAUGCUCUCCUCCCCCAAGCUGUCCAUGUCCAGCAUGGGCAUGGGAAUGGGCACCAACGGCGCAACAAUGACGCCCAUCCAGAAAGUCAAGAAAGAGGACGAGGCCGUGCAGCCCCUGUCUGCAGCCGGACGGCUCCCGGGAGCUCUGUCCGGCCACUCGGUGUUGGCGGCCCAGGCGGCGGCGGUGCAGACGGCUGCCGCGCAGGCAGCCAUGGUGGCACAGGUGGCGGCGCUGGAGCAGCUGCGGGACAAACUGGAGGCGGGCGAGCCGCCGGAGAAGAAGAUGGCGCUGCCCGCCGAGGAGCACCAGCGUCUGUUGCAGAGGGCCCUGCAGCACAACCUGCUGGCCAUGACCGCACAGAUGCCCAUGAACAUCCGCAUCAACAGCCAGGAUGGCAGGCAGGACACAGCCCUCAAUCUGACCACCAAUGGCAUGAGUAGCAUCAGCAUGUCUGUGGAGCUUAAUGGAGUUGUCUAUACAGGUGUCCUUUACGCCCAAGGGGCUGGCUUGUCGUCUUCAGGUGCAUCGGCGUCCGCCAGUAACAGCAAAGCAUCUGGUGGGCGUGGCGCGUCCCAGUCCCUCCCACACACACCUACCUCAUCCACUUCCAGUAACCCACCGCUUUAAGUCACCUCCCACCAGUCGUGCUCUCUUUUGUUGUUGCUAGAGAAAGCCAAAACACAGACCUCGUGACUACAAAACCAUGCCAAAAAAACAAGCAAAUACAAUGGUUACAAACAAACACCUAGACAACUUGAAAUACACUAUCUCAGGUUUUCUCUUUAUAUUAUCUCUCUCUUGCUCAGAGGCCAAAAAUAGCAUACAAAGAAAGAAAAGAGCCAGUAGGAGGGAAUAUAUGGAA